UGAAUUCAAUCAAGUAAUUUGAUGACUACAGUGGUGUAGUUUUGACGGCGACCCAUUGCGACUCACAUUCGACUUCCUUUCCACGAGGAACGCUCCAAAAUGCAGAAGACGAAGAAAGAACCCAUCCAUUCCGUGCAGGUCUUCGGUCGCAAGAAAAGCGCUACCGCUGUUGCAUACUGCAAACGUGGCCGUGGCAAUCUUAGGGUAAAUGGACGCCCAUUGGAAAUGGUUGAGCCGAGAGUGCUCCAAUAUAAACUUCAGGAGCCAAUCCUCCUCCUUGGCAAGGAAAAGUUUUCUGCCGUUGACAUCAGAGUUAGAGUAAAUGGUGGUGGACAUGUUGCACAGAUCUAUGCCAUCCGUCAGGCCAUCUCUAAAGCCUUAGUAUCGUACUACCAAAAGUAUGUUGACGAAGCUAGUAAAAAGGAGAUCAAGGAUAUGCUUAUUCAAUACGACAGAACACUACUUGUUGCUGAUCCCAGGCGCUGCGAGCCCAAGAAGUUUGGUGGACCAGGAGCCCGUGCUCGUUACCAGAAGUCUUACCGUUAAGAACAUUUAUCACUGUAUAUGUCAUUAUUUUGCAUCUGCGAGAGACCAGAAUAAAUGGUGUGUACAAAACUAAA